CAAGAAUUAAGCUAUUUCAGACAUAUAAUUGAUUUUCAAAAUCAAAAAAUUGAAAAAUUGACUUCACUCAUAAGUGAUAUUUUUGAAAAUAAAGAUCCUCUUUAUAUCAUCAAUAGUUUACAGUCGAUACAGGAUUCCAAUGAUAAUGUUAAUGUUGGUAACAACGUUGAGCCUGUCGAAACUACAAUUAAUGUACCGGAUGAUAACGAUAAUGGAGAUAAAGUAACUACCGAUAAUGAUAUUGAACUUACAAAUGCCGACGUUGCUGCCAAUUUGGCCAAUGCCACUGCAUCAGUUAACUCCAAUCAGUCAAAACAUAUAUCUUCUCAUUUAGACAGUAAUAUGGACCCAGCUUUACAUGUGGCACAAGCUGCUGUACAAGCACAAAAUUAUCAUCAACAACAAUCUCAAUCACAACAACCUCAACAAAAUCAACCAUCUCAGCAUCAAGCUUCUAACCAACAAAGAUCCCAAAAAUAAGCCUUCUCAAGACGCUUCUCCUUCAGGCGGGAUCUUGACAAACUCAGAGAGUGCUACUCCCACCGCUAGUACAAGACGGGCCAAAAAACCAAAAAUCUCGGUGGAGUUUCUUCAUAAUCCAAUGACUGUUAAUGAAAUAUACGAUGAGUUCAACAAGGGCUUCCGUGGCCAGAUCCCUUUGAAAGACAUGGACGAUCGCUACGGUAAACAUGAAUGGAGAGGUGACUCCCGUUCAAAAGAAUCAAAGAGAUUUCAAAGACGUAAAAAGCUCUGUGAUGCUAUCGACCGUGGUUGUGUGAGGUUCAACCAGUCUCCUGAAGAAAUAAUCCGCAGAAUAGAAGAGUUCAGAGGCGACAAAUCCUUGACCUGGAUCAUGAACGGCAAUCUACCUGCUGAAUUAGAGUAGUCUAUAAGUUGCUGAAUUAGUCUAAUAAAAUUACUGCAAAACUGUCG